AUGGAUGAGCUUGGGCAAGCGUCACAAGAUUCUGGCUGGUGCAUACCUGGCACCGCAGCCACAGCUUAUGCAUGUUUGGUGGCCGCCCAUUUGGGUGAAUUUGACGAUGAUGGUUCACUGGACUUUUUUCCCCAACUUAUGGAGCCUAUUUUUCUUCAAGCCACACGUCUGGCUGCCGCAUGUGCAAAGUUUGAUCCUGCCUGGUCUCUGUCUGGAGCAGAGAUGCUGUACAGAUAUGCUCGUUUCCAGGCAAUACAAAGGGACUUUCGGAAAGACAGAGUUACAGUUGCGGCAGCCCUGAGACGAAGUUGCCUUCAACGCAGACAUCGGCGGGAACCGCUUGCUUUGUGUGGGUCAGGAGCAUCGCUUAUUGGCAGGUGCGAGUACGAGAGCACAGCCCUUGAGACAGUAGAGAUGGAUUACUCUGCGCGGGAUUCAGAUGCAUCACAUGGCAAUAUUGCACUUUGCAGUCAUGUUACCUUGCGCGAUCUCUCUUCGAUCGAUGGGCUGCUGGCUUGGAAGGGUGAGGUCAGUGUGGCCAUCUGGGCAGGCGGAGUCACAAGAGAAGACUCCAUAAGACUGACAACAGCGUGGGUGCGAACAAUGCGCCAGCGACAUCACGGCCCCAUUCGUGUGUCUCUUACUCUGGAGCAGAAUUCGACCGGCCAGCCCACAAGAUAUCCAGCCUCAUUGCUGCGGAAGGUAGCGGUGAACGCUGCCGGCAGCACUUUUGUGCUCUUGUGUGAACCUGGCUUUGUUCCCUCUGGCCAACUGGGAAGCGAUCUGAAGGCUUGGAUUGGAGGAGUGACCAACCUACUCCAGGCUGGGGUGCUGCUGGUGCUGCCAGCUUUCGAGGUCCAAGGGGUUUCGGCGUGGAGGGCCUUGGGGUGGACUGACCUGGAGAAGAUGGUGAGGAACGGUACAGCUGCUUCUUAUGACAGGCGGCUAUGCCCAUUGCGGAAGUUUACGUCUUGGCAAUGGACUUUGUUGGAUGGCCCAAUGCGGUUGCGCAGGAUACCCGGCUCAGAUCUGCUCCUCCCCGGUCUGCUGGCCAAGCCUGAGAACUUGCACUUUCCGUUGGAGCUGCAUGGCCUAGCCACCUCGGAAGACAAGAGCGUGGCCCAGCGCCAGAGCUACUGCCAAGGCCUCCCAAAGGGCCUCCGGGCGACCUUGGACUAUGCGGAGGCUCAUGGCCAUCCUCUUCUGCAGCUUCCCCGGCACUUUGUUUGGCGAACCCCGGACCUCGGGCCGCGCAGCAAGUGGGCAAAGUCCACGGGUGCCUGGCAGGAGCUGGAAAUUGGCCGCGCGGACAUGGACCUUGACUUGAUGUACGGCCAGUUCCUUCACCGUCUGUGGGCCACGAGACCUUGGGGUAGCCAGCCAGAGCUACCACAGCUACCGGAAGGUUUCGAAGGUUUCGAGCUCGUCGAACACAGGACUCCGAAGGAGUGGCUUAGGACGCUGAAGAUGCCGCCCAGGCUGCACCUGGUCCUUCCGGCCACAAGCAUUUAUGGAUCCGCCUGGAUGGAUCGAUUCAUCGAGAAUUCGCCUUGGCCUGUCCAUGUGGUGAGUCUUGGUGCCGAGACUUUCUGGUCCACGAUGCUGCAGGAAAUGCCAUAUGUGCUGUCCUCAGAUGUGUUCCAGUCUGAGGAUGUGAUUAUGGUCGUUGAUGCUUAUGACAUGUUCUUCACCCACUGCAAGCACGACAUCAUUGCAGAGUAUUAUCGGCACGGCAAGCCUCUCCUUGUGUCUGCAGAGAAGCUUUGCUUCCCAAGUUGGGCUCAUUGCCUAGACUGCCGCAGUGCCCUGUGCGAGGCCACGGGAUAUAGGUACCUGAACAGUGGUGGCGUUUUGGGAACUCCCGCAUCGCUGCGGCAUGCGUACAGCUGGAUGGCUGGUCAAGCUGCAGACCCUCUCCAUGCUGACAAGAUUUUGGGGGAUGACCAAGGAGGCUGGCAUUUCUACCAGCAGACUUUCCCUGAGCGUGUGGCUUUGGAGCACGAGCCACGCAUCUGGCUUGCUCUUCAGGCAACAGAAAUAACACUUCUCCAAGUGCAGACAACGCAGGACCGCUGUGGCAUCGUUUCAUGGCGCAGCUCCGGGUCAGAGGUGUGUUUUCUGCAUGGAAAUGGUAGAACUAAAAGCCUUUGGCAGCUGGUUCAGCAAAUUGAUGCCUCGUGUGGUAAGGAGCCCAUGAAAGAGGAUGGAAGGACUGGCGGCUUGAGCGUGUAUGACGGCCUUGUAUCCGGACGCUUCCGGACCAAACAGGUUGUGGUUAACUCAUCCAAACAACAGAAACUCUUGAGCAACCUGUUUCGAGCAUGA